AAAUCCCUUUCUUCCUCCCACCAAACCAUUCAGGCAGAACACAGUUUUUUGUUCAAACCUUGCGCCUUUCCUUGAAAAAGUCGAUUCACAGACCUACAAACCCUUCUCUCCCUCCUCACAGCGGUCUUUUCCGGAUCCCAAAAGUAAAAAGGUCAGUUCUUGAUUCACAAGCCGAGUCAGGUCCCACUGUGUAUGAUCUAAGCGCCGUUAAAUCUCAGAGUUUGACCAGAAUCAAUGGCCUGUUCCUCGAAGAACGUUUUCUGUGUUUCUGGGUUGAGCGAGAAUCUGCGUAGCUCGAAAACGAAAACUGAUUUAGGGAUUUGCCCCUCCUCUGUUUGUUUCUCAAAAUCCAGCGAUGCGAAUUCGGGUGUCCCUUCCUCUUUGAGCAAUGAAAUCAUGGGGAAACCCUUAGUAGCAAAAGGUUCGUGGGAUUGCAGUUUGAAAAGCCCCACUAAUUUCUCUGUUCAGGCAUCAGCUUGUGUAAGCCGAGCCCUUAGAUGGUGGGAGAAGACCAAAGCGCCUAAUAUGAUUGAGAUCCAUUCAGCUCAAGAACUGGUCCGUUCUUUGCUUGAAGCUGGCGAUUCACUUGUUGUGGUCGACUUCUACUCACCUGGUUGUGGAGGCUGCAAAACCCUUCACCCCAAGAUCUGUCAAAUAGCUGAGAUGUACCCAAAUGCAAAGUUUCUUCAAGUCAACUACGAGGAGCUAAAACCCAUGUGCCAUAGUCUGCACAUCCAUGUGUUGCCAUUCUUCAGAUUCUACAGAGGAGCAGAGGGUCGAGUCUGUAGCUUCAGCUGCACCAUUGCCACUAUCAAGAAGUUUAAGGAUGCCCUGGCGAAAUAUGGGACCGAGCGUUGUUGUUUAGGUCCACCAAGAGGUUUGGAUGAGACAGAGUUGGAAAAAUUGGUAGCCAGUGGCGAGAUACCCGCUGAAUCGCCAUUGUUGUACUCCAAGGUGAAGAAAAUGGAGGACAUGCUUCUGAAAAGUAAUGGUUUUUCUCUUGUCGGGGGCGAGGCAAGUGCUGAUAGGGAAAUUGAGCAUCAGGUUUUGUGCUGAUCAUCGCUUUGUCAAUCAUGGAAGAUGGAGAAAGAGUAAAGCAGCUCCCGUUUCUUUCUUUCUUUUUUCUUUUUUUUUUUGAGAAAAAAAUUGAGGUUCUUUUUUCAUCCCAAUUAGAAAUUCGAGGGCUUUCAAUUGUAAAUUCAGUAGUUGUAGGGGUGGUUUGUUGGGGGUCUCUUUAA